AUGACAGGCCCGUCAAGUAUCUCUCAACCACCAGCCACUGAAUCGACACCUCUGCUUUCCUCUCAUCCAGCAUCACAGCGGUACUCGCUCUUCACCAAUGGACAGAAACGCCUCAUCAUUCUUGCAGCUGCUCUCGCCUCGAGCUUUUCGCCUUUCUCGGCCAACAUCUACUACCCUCUCUCAAUUCCAUCGCGGCAGAUCUACAUGUCACCAAUAUGUCAAGGCCUCGCUCCCUCCUUCAUGGGCUCCUUCGCGGACAAGGCCGGCCGACGCCCAUCAUACAUCCUCUGCUUCGUCAUCUACAUCAUCGGCAACUUUGCCCUCGCGCUCCAACACAACUAUAUUGCUCUUCUAGUCCUCCGUGCCGUACAGAGCUGUGGAAGCAGCGGGACCGUCGCCCUCGCCUCUGCCGUGGCAGCGGACGUCAUCACAUCCGCCGAGCGAGGCAUGUACAUGGGGAUCACCUCGCUGGGCAAUAUCCUAGCUCCAUCCCUUGGCCCAAUUCUAGGCGGUUUUCUGAGCCAGUACCUGGGCUGGCAGGCUAUAUUCUGGUUUCUUGCCCUCGCCGCGGUAACCUUCUUCAUACCGCUCUUCCUCUUCUUCCCAGAGACUUGUCGUGCUAUUGUCGGGGACGGAUCAAUCCCAGCUACAGGAUGGAAUCAAUCAGUCUGGAACCGGCGUCACAAACAACAUGCUACUGCUACCUCCAACCAUGACCCCGAAUGCCCCCCAGACACCUGCCGUGGUGCCCACCCACAGCCUCUAAAAAGGAGCAUCACCUUCCCAAAUCCCCUAUCCACACUCCGCCUCCUCUUCCAACUCCCCACAGGCCCCCUCGUCCUCGCCAACGGCAUAGUCUUCGCAAGCUACUACUCCGUCACAGCCGGCAUCCCCUCCCAAUUCAAAGCAAUCUACGGACUAAGCGACCUAGGCAUCGGCCUCAGCUUCAUCCCAGCAGGCCUAGGCUCCCUCAGCAGCGCAACCUUCAACGGCCUGAUCGUUGACUGGAACUACAUCCGCCUCCGGCGCAAAGCCGGCGACCCCAUCUCCAAAGACCAGAAGCAAGACCAUGGCGCGUUUCCUAUCGAAAGGGCAAGGUUGCAGAUCGGGCUGCCUAUGACGGUAGCAGCAGGCAUUUCAGUCGCCUGGUACGGCGCACUGAUCGAAGCGAAACCAGCGCUAAGCGUCGCGCUGGCCCUCGUGUUCCUCAUCUCGUUCUGCAUCACAGCCGCAUACAACGUGAUGAACGUCCUCAUCGUGGAUCUGUACUACAGCACGCCGGCCACCGCCAUGGCGGCCAAUAACCUCGUGCGAUGCUUCCUGGGCGCGUCCGCAACGGCCAUCAUCCAUCCAAUGAUACUGAAAUGGGGGAAUCGGACUACGUACUGGGCUGUGGCGGGGGCGAUGUGGAGUGUGAGUCCGUUACUGGGGAUGGUCUACUGGAAAGGAUUGUUAUGGAGACGUAGGCGCUUCGCGGAGAUGUCAAUUGCUGGAUGA